CGUCAUCAGCAAGCGCCACCAACAACAUCCUCCUGCUGAAGCAUGGCCGCGGACAUGAGAUUGCCCACUUUUCGGAAACAAGUAUCUCUUUCUGGUCCAAAAAGUGCAACAGCCAGCCUUGUUGUUCCUGGAGAUAUUAUUACAUCAGACACUGGUUUUAUGCGGGGCCAUGGGACAUAUUUGGAUGAAGAAAAGCUCACUGCGUCUGUAGCUGGGGAGGUCGAGAGAGUUAACAAACUUAUUUGUGUUCGUCCUUUAAAGACGAGAUAUAAUGGUGAAGUUGGCGAUGUGGUUGUUGGAAGGAUUACAGAGGUGCAACAGAAACGAUGGAAAGUGGAGACUAACUCUCGUCUAGACUCUGUGUUGCUCCUCUCUGCUGUUAACUUACCUGGUGGAGAGCUGAGACGGCGAUCAGCAGAGGAUGAGUUGUCCAUGAGAGACUACCUCCAAGAGGGCGACCUCAUCAGUGCCGAGGUGCAGGCUGUCUUCUCUGAUGGAGCCCUAUCUCUCCACACACGCAGUUUGAAAUAUGGAAAGCUGGGCCAGGGUGUUCUAGUUCAGGUGUCCCCUUCGCUCGUGAAGAGGCAGAAAACCCACUUUCACAACCUCCCCUGUGGGGCCUCCAUCAUUCUGGGGAACAACGGCUUCAUAUGGCUCUACCCCACUCCUGGACAGCAGGAUGAAGUUGCUGGGGGAUACUACACCAGCAUAGAGCCUGUGUCCCUGUCAGAUCGGGAGGUGAUAUCUCGACUGAGAAACUGCAUUCUUGCCCUGGCAGCCCACAAGGUCAUGUUGUUUGACACAAGUGUACUGUACUGCUAUGAGUCCGCCCUCACACAACAGAUUAAAGACAUUCUGAAACCAGAGGUCAUGGAGGAAGUUGUCUUGCAAACAAGGCACCGGCUAGCUGACCAGGAGGGUUGAGGCGCGUGACACAUGAUGGAUGAAGUCGUGCCUCCUCUCGCACCCCUGACUGCAAUGUUAAAGCUAAGGCUUUUCUGCAUUCCAAGCCAGCUGACCAGUGAUGACAGAAAAGUAUUCACUAUUUCAAUACUGUAAAAUAAGUUGAGUGGAACAACAUAUUUUGCCAUUGAUUGCUGUCAUUUUGUAGUUGACAUGGACUGUCAUUCUAUGAGUGAUGGUGAAAUAUAAUUUUUGUAUGUAUUCUUGUAAAAAAAUAAAUGCCGACAUUUCCUGAGGGUUUUAUUUCUGA